ACCCAUUUCAAAUCACUUCCAAUUCUCAGUUUGAAGUCACCAUCAGCGUACAGUCUGUUACUAAGCAGAUAGCCUGUGGUUAUAUUAUUUGUCCAGAAACAGUUUCAAGAACGUUUAAAAGGUUUUCGGAAAAGUAAAGAUGUCGUCCAAAAAUCUAGUUGGUGCUGCAACUCGCUACAUCGCAGGAAGAAACGCUAUUCAGACAGUGUAUUGGAGGUCUCCAAGUCAAGCCACUUCAUCUCACCAGCCCAAGAUGUUGAAGGUAUCAAAAACUUUUACUUUUGGAAAAGUAGAGCAAUCUGGAGCACCACCCUACCAUGUCCAGCAGCAGCAGAAACUUCGAGUUUACUGAUGAAGUUGUUGUUCGAGUGUUAAUUUAUUCCUCAGUGGUUUUCUUUGUAUUAUUCAUGUGUUAUUUAUUAUACAAAUAUUUUGUACAGUA